CAGUGUGGUUUAUCUCUUCUUUGUUUCGCAUUACAGCGACCUCAUCUGAAGCCAUGUCUUCUUCCUUUAUUACUUCCAAUCGCUUAACCCCUACCCUAUCACCCCCUCCCCAUCCCCUUCGUCGCCGCAAUAAUCGUAUCUCUCGUCCUUCUUCCUUCAAAUGUCAUCUCUCUUCUUCCGACGACCACACUGAUUCCUCCAACUCAUCAUCCCUUUUCAAAACCCUCUCCACCACCCUCGCCGUCUCAUCCGCCGCAUCCGCUCUUUUUCUCACCGAUUCUCUCCAUUUCCUCAUCCCCGAUUUAUCCGGUGGCAAUGCCAACGGAGGUCUUGGUGGAAGUGGUGGUGGAUCCUCCUCCGGCGGCGGCGGCGGAGGAGGAGGUAACUGGUUUAACGGCGACGAAGGAUCCUUCUGGUCAAGAAUUCUCUCUCCAUCAAGAGCCAUCGCUGACGAACCUAAAUCACAAGAUUGGGAUUCACACGAACUUCCGGUGAACAUCACUGUUCAACUUAACAAACUGAGCGGGUUUAAGAGAUACAAAAUCUCAGAAAUCACAUUCUUCGAUCGGAAAACGAAGAGGAAAAUCGGAACCGAAGAUUCGUUUCUAGACAUGGUGUCUCUUAAACCUGGUGGAGUUUACACUAAAGCUCAGCUUCAGAAGGAGCUAGAAAGCUUAGCUUCUUGUGGAAUGUUCGAGAAGGUUGACAUGGAAGGGAAAACCAAUGCAGAUGGGUCAAUGUCGUUGACGAUUUCGUUUGCCGAGAGUAUGUGGGAGAAAGCAGAACGGUUCAGAUGUAUCAAUGUGGGUUUAAUGGGUCAAUCUAAACCGGUUGAGAUGGACCCUGAUAUGACUGAAAGGGAGAAGCUUGAAUUUUUUAGAAGACAGGAGAGGGAAUAUAAGAGGAGAAUCGAUACUUCCAGACCUUGUCUUUUGGCUCCUCAGGUUUAUUGGGAGAUUAAGGAGAUGUUGUCUAAACAAGGUAGGGUUAGUGCUAGGUUGUUGCAGAGGAUAAGGGACCGUGUUCAGAAGUGGUAUCAUGAUGAAGGUUAUGCUUGUGCUCAGGUUGUUAAUUUUGGUAACCUUAAUACACGUGAGGUUGUUUGCGAGGUUGUUGAAGGGGAUAUUACUCAGUUGUCUAUUCAGUUUUUGGAUAAACUUGGUAAUGUUGUUGAAGGGAAUACUGAAGUCCCUGUUGUUCAAAGAGAACUUCCUAGACAGCUUGAACCGGGUCAUAUUUUUAACAUUGAAGCUGGGAAGCAAGCUUUGAGGAACAUAAAUUCCCUUGCUUUGUUUUCCAACAUUGAGGUGAAUCCAAGGCCCGAUGAGAAGAAUGAGGGAAGUAUAAUUGUUGAAAUUAAGGUCAAAGAGUUGGAGCAGAAGUCGGCUGAAGUUAGUACUGAGUGGAGUAUUGUUCCUGGGCGAGGAGGGCGUCCAACAUUGGCUUCCCUGCAGCCGGGAGGGACUAUUACUUUUGAACAUCGGAAUCUGCAAGGAUUGAAUAGAUCUCUUACUGGUUCAGUGACAACUAGCAACUUCUGGAAUCCUCAGGAUGAUCUUGCAUUUAAAAUGGAGUAUGCACAUCCGUAUUUGGAUGGUGUACAUAAUCCACGCAACCGAACUCUCCGUGUAAACUGUUUCAAUAGCCGAAAACUGAGCCCGGUGUUCACUGGGGGGCCAGGGGUGGAUGAAGUGCCCUCAAUAUGGGUUGACCGUGCUGGUGUUAAAACCAAUAUCACUGAGAAUUUUUCUCGUCAGAGUAAAUUCACUUAUGGAUUAGUAAUGGAAGAGAUAAUAACACGCGAUGAAACCAAUAAUAUCUGUUCCAAUGGUCAAAGAGUUUUGCCUAAUGGAGGAAUUAGUGCAGAUGGACCUCCAACCACCCUAAGUGGUACCGGUAUCGAUAGGAUGGCGUUUUUACAGGCAAAUAUUACGCGGGAUAACACAAGGUUUGUAAAUGGAGCUAUCAUUGGAAGUAGGAACAUGUUCCAGGUAGAUCAAGGACUUGGUGUUGGCAGCAAUUUCCCAUUCUUUAACCGUCACCAAUUAACCGUGACACGGUUUUUCCAACUGAAGUCUGUUGAGGAAGGUGCUGGCAAACCACCGCCGCCAGUGCUUGUCCUCCAUGGCCACUACGGUGGCUGCGUAGGCGACCUCCCAAGUUAUGAUGCUUUUACUCUUGGGGGUCCCUACUCUGUUAGGGGUUACAACAUGGGUGAGAUUGGAGCAGCCAGAAACAUCCUUGAGCUGGCAGCUGAGGUACGAGUACCUGUCAAAGGUACACACGUGUACGCCUUUGCAGAACACGGCACUGAUCUAGGAAGUUCAAAAUAUGUCAAAGGAAAUCCAACAGAAGUCUAUAGGAGAAUGGGUCAGGGGUCCUCUUAUGGUGUUGGUAUGAAGCUUGGUUUAGUGAGAGCAGAAUAUGCCGUUGAUCAUAACUCAGGAACAGGUGCAAUAUUUUUCCGUUUUGGAGAAAGAUUUUGAGGUGCAUAUGAGUAGUAGUAGUGUAUGUUCGGUUCUUUUUCUUUUGUGGAAGAAUUCUUUCGGCUAUAGGUGCUUGAAACUUGUAGAAUUUGGUUUAAGUGAACUCCACGCUGGUAACAAGCUUGGUUUUCUGUAGGUCACUCUCAAAGUCAGUGUAGGGUUCAAUGAAAAUAUUAAAUAUUAUAGAUUAUCUUGCUGUCUACUAUUGAUAAUUUUGGCGGCUUAUAAUCAAUGUCUAAUUUAUGAGUAUGGAUGGAAACAUUGUGAUUUGUAAUGUACUUCGUUAUUUUUUUUCUGUUGUGAUGAUUGUUGGAGUAUUAGCAAUAAUUGUUUUGGUA